AUGUUUGCUCAUGGAAUGAAAGAGUCGAGCCAGGAGGUGAUCGAGCUCAAAGAUGAAAGCAUUUCAGCAGCUGCUUUGAAGAUCGUGCUGGAUUCCAUCUACAGCGGAGAUCUUCAAGUCAACGAUGAAAACAUAUUUGAGGUUCUUGUCGCAGCUGAUCACCUCCAAGUUACCAGUGCUGUUCAACAGUGUUGUGAUUACUUGCAAACCCAGUUUGUUGAUCAGCUCCGAUUCGACGUGCAAACAUUUUGUCGCGUCUCAGCGAUUGCUGAUCGACAUGGUCUGAAUAGCCUGCGUGCAGACGAUAACUAAACUCUGAUUAGUACCGUCUGCGAAGCAGCGCAGAGAUCCUUGUUCUGAACCCCCAACGGACUCAACGAAUUACAGGAAGUGCGUUUCGAAUUUCCCUUAACCUGAUUGGCGAACACGACAAACAAAACAAAGGCCUUUUUAAACUGGCCAAUCGUGGCGCGUACUCAAAUCUGGGUACACAGCUGGAAGUCCAGAACAAGGAUUUCGGCGCUGUUUCGCAGACGGAGUUAACCAGAGUUUAAUUUCGUCUGCGCGCAGGCUACAAUCUUGGACAAAAUAAAAUGGAACAGCAAACCCCCAUCCCCCCCCAAAUCAAGGAUGAAGCCGCGCGAAGGGCAAAAACGCGCCAUUUUACCAUCCUUGAUUUGGGGGGAGGGGGGGUCUAGGUUUUCCAUUUAUUUUGUCCAAGAUUGCAAUCUUGGACAAAAUAAAAUGGAACAGCAAACCCCCAUCCCCCCCAAAUCAAGGAUGAAGCCGCGCGAAGGGCAAAAACGCGCCAUUUUCCCAUCCUUGAUUUGGGGGGAGGGGGGGUCUAGGUUUUCCAUUUAUUUUGUCCAAGAUUGUAGGUCUGAAAGACCUUGAAGAAGCCACGCAGACAAAGAUGGCCUACAUUUACAAAGAGAUUUGUGAAAGUGAAGAAUUCUUGUCCCAUGUUGAUGCUGAUCAGUACACUCGCCUUCUCAGUCGAGAUGACCUCAGCGUUCCUUCAGAGACAUUCGUCUUCAAAUCCGUAAUGCAGUGGAUAAAACACAAGAAGGAAGAGAGGAUGACAGCCGCGGCUAAAGUUAUCGGAGCGGUUCGUUUGGGGCUGGUCGAUAUCAAGGCUUUGAUUGAAGAACUUAACACAGAGGAGAUGCAAACAGUACCAGAGAUUCAUACGCUUCUGUUUGACUCCGCUAUUUAUCACCACAAUCCUUCAAAUACUUCCAAGUUUGCCACGGAGAAAGCAAAACUACGCUCAACUACUCCCGUGAGUAUAGAGUUAUGUAUCGGUCAAAUCGAAGCUUCAACAUGCCCCCCCCCCGGGCAUACCCCGGGCAUUUGACACCUUUGCCGUCCCGGAGAGGAGGGAAUUUGAUUAUCAGAGUCUUCCAGGGGGUAGGGAAUUUGAUCCCCAUGCUUUAGGGGUGGGGAAUUUGAACUGCACCCUUGAUUUCAUGUAAAAUCUUUGGCGUGGUGACCUAUCAUGGGGGACGCGGUGUUAGAGGAUUUUCGUGGAAAAGAUUGUGCCUUUGUGGCCAAUUGUUUACGAGGAAAGGGCUUAAACAAGCUUUGUGCCGUAUUUAAAGUAUUUAAAUUAUAAAAUUUUUAAUAUUGGAUUCAGGCUUUGAAUGUAUGAAUGUAUUUUAUUGUUGAGUUCACAAUGAAAUACAACACCUGUACCGGCGAUUCAAUACAACAACAUAAAAUAAAAUAAAAUAAAAAGCUCAGGUCCACUACUUUGACCUACUGUAAGUAUGUUAAUUAAUAAGAUGAGCGAUGACGCAUGUCAAUGAAAUGGUCAUGAUGUAGUAAUCUCAAUAGGUGGGAUCUUUUUUUAUGCAACGCUUUGCAAGUUGCAUGACGAAGAAAAGCUGCGCAUUCAGUGACCUUGUAGCAGCGAUUUCCGCCGCUUUGCACGAGACUUCUGUUCGUAGUUAAUACGCUCACCGUGUUUCUCAGUUUUUGUUAUAUUUAUAAAGAUUUUGUUCGACAACUGAAGGCGUUUCCGCCGUCCUUCUGUCAUUUUUGUGCCCGUGAAAUGUCCCCGGGGUGGCGGCAUUUGAUCACCUGAAUGGACCCUAGUGUGGGGCAUUUGAAAGGCAUUUUGGUCCGGGUAGGGGGGAAUUUGAACAAAAAUUUUCAAAAAAGUCAAAUGCCCGGGGGGGUUGCCCGGGGGGGCAUGUUGAAGCUUCGAUUUGACCGAUACAUUAUAUUGAUAUCAUCAUGGUCCUCAAAUGGGUCUAGGAGUUUCGUCUGGGAUGUCAUGGAGUCUUUAAUUUCUUUGUUUAAUCUUAGUUUAAGGGUAAAGAUUUUUGAUGCUUAGCGAAGAAAGCAAAUUGGAGUAUUGGAUAAAAUAUAUAUUUUUUGUUUUAUUCUUUUGUUUACUUCUUCAUCGACUUGCCGUAUAGCCUGCGAACAGCAGACGCAUUUCCGGUCGUCGCUUCUCUCCCUCCGAAAGCAGAGAAGCGACGACCGGAAAUGCGUCUGCCGUUCGCAGGCUACUUGCCGUAAGGAUCACUCAGUUUGCCGUUUCAUCAUUUUCUACAAGUUAGUAUUGUAUUGAUCCAGGUCUACAACUGGGAGAUCCGAGGACUUGCUGAUAUGUUUAAAUAGGAUAUUGCUGGGGAACAUUAGGGCCAUUUAUACGGGGAAAAAUAAGAGGCGUCUUAAAUAAGACGCGAACUGUACCAUUUAUACGAGCAUGUCUUAUCUAAUAAGACGCGUCUUAGCUAAGCCGCGUCUUAUUUUAGACGAAAUGUUCCGUUUAUACCGAAAGUUCGCGUCUUAUGUAAGACGCGUCUUAUUUUUCCUCGUAUAAAUGGCCCUAUUGUUUGCGGCUUCAGUACAAUUUCUUUCGGGAUCUGUAAAUUUUUUUUUUUAAUUGCUUUUCGUAAGCGGCUCCCUUAUCACUUGUUAGAGCGAAACUAAAUUUAAUAAUCAACCAUAAGUGUACUACGAAUAAUAAUAAUUGAAAAUGUUGUAAACCGUCCUUUCAAAAGCUCGUGCAAUUAUUGGGGUCUGAAACUUAUGCCUCUACAAAGUCCUCACAGUUGACCGGGAAAUCGACUUUAGGGAGAGGCAUUCACUUCCUUUCACGCGCGUAGCUAUUGUUGGUUAGACAAAGACAGUUUCCAAACGGCUUCAACAGUAGAAGUUAAAAUAUCAGCAUACUCUUUCCAAACCCAAAAAGGUAUUUCGUCGGGUCCAGUGGAGGUAUUCCUGAUGUUGGAUAGAGCCUUUAAAACCUGAAAUGUCGACAGCUGCGGUCACGGUUGAAGCGGUUACAGCAACUUACAUCAGUGCAGGUUCAAUAUAUCUCUAAUCCUUGCAUAAAUCAAAGAACCUGCUUAACGUUUCUAGAAAUUUUUCAUCUAAGCUUACAACUACCUUGUCCUUCCGUCGAGGUUUCGCCACCAACCCAUGGAACACCUCUUCCCUCCAGCUAAAGCUUUACGACCUUUGAUGGUACAAUUACUUGUUCUUUGCUUUAGUUGAACGACAUGUUUGGCCGUGUAGAGCUUGGAGUCAGGGUUUCUUUUUAAAAAGAGAAGUAAUGAGAGGUGUCAACCAUACAGGAUAUCUCGAGGAUACUCGGACAGUUUUUAACAAACAGCUGUUGUAGGCCACAUUGUAAACAAGAUGGAAGCAAUAAAGAUACAGUUGGUAUGGUCAAGAGGGAAUAGGUUACUCUCUCUUGGUAUAUGCCAAGGUUUCCCAUGGUCCCAGAGGAACACCCCAGUACCCACCCCUCCCCCCCAAUAAUUAGCUCGCCCUCCAAACCACCCUUGAGGGAAAAUUUACCAAUACCUUUACUUUCCCUCAACUACUGAACAUUCAAAUAAUAUUUCAGUGAGUAAUGAACAAUAAAUCAACAAUCAAAUACCGUUACUAGGCGUUGUCGGUCGAAGUACAUCUCUACUACUAUGAUUGAAGCGUGGAACCUCUGGGCAGUUUACGCUUUAUUAUUGCUGAUUUUAAUCAGCUUUAUACUACUACAAGAAAAAUUUCUGCAAUUUGAUUGGCUUAGAGCAGUGGUAUUUCAGCUUAAUUUGAAAUACCUACAUGUGAAAAUUAAUUACAAACCUUUUGCGGGUACUAGUAUAAACAUAUCAUAGCAUGAUUUGUACUUGAUAUUUGGCAUGAAUACCACUCGUGAUAUUUCAAAAUUGUCUCAAAUUUCACUCGCCUAACGGCUCGUGCAAUUACGUAUAACAAUUUUAAAAUAUCACUCGUGGUAUUUAUGCCAAAUAUCACUACAAAUAAUGCUAUUACCUGUACUAAUAGUAACCUUAUUGCCAAUCCAGAUUCAGUUAAAGCUGUAAUAUAACGGGGACAUUUUGGUAAUGGGUUCAUGAUAACCGUCACGAAUAUAGAGACGUUAAGUGACCACUAAGCCCACUAUAAGAAUGUUAAUGUAAUUGCUGUAGUUACUGUAGUUGGUGUAGUACCUGUAGUUCGUGUAGUUAGUGUAGUUGGUAUAGUAGCUGUUGUAGCUGUAAUUGGUGUAGUAGCUGUAGUUGGUAUAGUUGCUGUAGUUGGUGUAGUUAAUGUAGUUGGUGUCGUUGCUGUAGUUGAUGUAGUUACUGUAGUUGCUGUAGUAGCUGUAGUUGGUGUAGUAGCUCUAGUUGGUGUACUAAGUGUAGUUGGUGUACUAAGUGUAGUUGGUGUAGUAGCCGUAGUUGCUGUAGUUGGUGUAGUAGCUGUAGUUUGUGUAGUUGCUGUAGUUGCUGUAGUUAAUGUAGUUCGUGUAGUUGGUGUAGUUGAUGUAGUUACUGUAGUUGCUUUAGUUGGUGUAGUAGCUGUAGUUGGUGUAGUUAGUGUAGUUGCUGUAGUAGCUGUAGUUGGUGUAGUUGGUGUAGUACUGUAGUAGGUGUAGUUAGUGUAGUUGCUCUAGUUGGUGUAGUUGCUGUAGUUGGUGUAGGCGGUGUAGUUGGUGUAGUAGCUGUAGUUGGUGCAGUUGCUGUGGUUGCUGUAGUUGGUGUAGUAGCUGUAGUUAAUGUACUUGGUGUAAUAGCUGUAGUUGGUGUAGUUGGUGUAGUAGCUGUAGUAGGUGUAGUUAGUGUAGUUGGUGUAGUUGGUGUAGUUAGUGUAGUUGCUGUAGUUGGUGUAGUUAGUGUAGUUGGUGUAGUUCAUGUAGUUAGUGUAGUUGGUGUAGUUACUGUAGUUGCUGUAGUUGCUGUAGCUGGUGUAGCUGGUGUAGUAGCUGUAGUUGGUGUAGUUGCUGUAGUUGGUGUAGUAGCCGUAGUUAAUGUAGUUGCUGUAGUUGCUGUAGGUAGUGUAGUUGGUGUAGUAGCUGUAGUUGGUGUAGUUAGUGUGGUUGGUGCAGUAACUGUAGUUAGUGUAGUAGCUGUAGUUGGUGUAGUUGCUGUAGUUGCUGUAGUAGCUGUAGUUGGUGUAGUAGCUGUAGUUGGUGUAGUUGGUGUAGUUGGUGUAGUUGGUGUAGUUGGUGUAGUUGGUGUAGUUGGUGUAGUUGGUGUAGUUGGUGUAGUUGGUGUAGUUGGUGUAGUUGGUGUAGUUGGUGUAGUUGGUGUAGUUGGUGUAGUUGGUGUAGUUGGUGUAGUUGGUGUAGUUGGUGUAGUUGGUGUAGUUGGUGUAGUUGGUGUAGUUGGUGUAGUUGGUGUAGUUGGUGUAGUUGGUGUAGUUGGUGUAGUUGGUGUAGUUGGUGUAGUUGGUGUAGUUGGUGUAGUUGGUGUAGUUGGUGUAGUUGGUGUAGUUGGUGUAGUUGGUGUAGUUGGUGUAGUUGGUGUAGUUGGUGUAGUUGGUGUAGUUGGUGUAGUUGGUGUAGUUGGUGUAGUUGGUGUAGUUGGUGUAGUUGGUGUAGUUGGUGUAGUUGGUGUAGUUGGUGUAGUUGGUGUAGUUGGUGUAGUUGGUGUAGUUGGUGUAGUUGGUGUAGUUGGUGUAGUUGGUGUAGUUGGUGUAGUUGGUGUAGUUGGUGUAGUUGGUGUAGUUGGUGUAGUUGGUGUAGUUGGUGUAGUUGGUGUAGUUGGUGUAGUUGGUGUAGUUGGUGUAGUUGGUGUAGUUGGUGUAGUUGGUGUAGUUGGUGUAGUUGGUGUAGUUGGUGUAGUUGGUGUAGUUGGUGUAGUUGGUGUAGUUGGUGUAGUUGGUGUAGUUGGUGUAGUUGGUGUAGUUGGUGUAGUUGGUGUAGUUGGUGUAGUUGGUGUAGUUGGUGUAGUUGGUGUAGUUGGUGUAGUUGGUGUAGUUGGUGUAGUUGGUGUAGUUGGUGUAGUUGGUGUAGUUGGUGUAGUUGGUGUAGUUGGUGUAGUUGGUGUAGUUGGUGUAGUUGGUGUAGUUGGUGUAGUUGGUGUAGUUGGUGUAGUUGGUGUAGUUGGUGUAGUUGGUGUAGUUGGUGUAGUUGGUGUAGUUGCUGUAGUUGGUGUAGUUGGUGUAGUUAAUGUAGUUGGUGUAGUUGGUGUAGUUGGUGUAGUUGGUGUAGUUGGUGUAGUUGGUGUAGUUGGUGUAGUUGGUGUAGUUGGUGUAGUUGGUGUAGUUGGUGUAGUAGCUGUAGUUGGUGUAGUUGGUGUAGUAGCUGUAGUAGGUGUAGUUAGUGUAGUUGGUGUAGUAGCUGUAGUUGGUGUAGUUGCUGUAGUUGCUGUAGUUGCUGUAGUUGGUGUAGUAGCUGUAGUUGGUGCAGUUGCUGUAGUUGGUGUAGUAGCUGUAGUUGGUGUAGUUGGUGUAGUUAGUGUAGUUGGUGUAGUAGCUGUAGCUGGUGUAGUUGGUGUAGUAGCUGUAGUAGGUGUAGUUAGUGUAGUUGGUGUAGUUAGUGUAGUUGCUGUAGUUGGUGUAGUUAGUGUAAUUGAUGUAGUUAGUGUAGUUGGUGUAGUUACUGUAGUUGCUGUAGUUGCUGUAGCUGGUGUAGUAGCUGUAGUUGGUGUAGUUGCUGUAGUUGGUGUAGUUGCUGUAGUUGGUUUAGUAGCUGUAGUUGGUUUGGUGUAGUUUUGUGUAGUUGAUGUAGUUUGGUGUAGUUUUGUGUAGUUGGUGUAGUUUGGUGUAGUUUGGUGUAGUAGGUGUAGUUUGGUGAAGUUUUGAUGUAGUUUUGUGUAGUUGGUGUAGUUUUGUGUAGUUGGUGUAGUUUGGUGUAGUAGGUGUAGUUUGGUGACGUUUGGUAUAGUUUUGUGUAGUUGGUGUAGUUUGGUGUAGUUUGGUGUAGUAGGUGUAGUUUGGUGACGCUUGGUGUAGUUUUGUGUAGUUUGUGUAGUUUGGUGUAGUUUGGUGUAUUAGGUGUAGUUUGGUGUAGUUUGGUGUAGUUGGUGUAGUUUUGUGUAGUUGGUGUAGAUUGGUUUAGUAGGUGUUGUUUCGUGUGGUGUUGUGUAGUUGGUUUAGUUUGAUGUAGGUGGUGUAGUUUGGUGUAGUUUUGGGUAACAACUACACUAAAUACACCAACUACACAACCUAAACCAAAUGCACAUACUACACCAACUACAUAUACUAAACCAACUACAUAUACUACAACAACUACAUAUACUACACUAACUACACUGACUACACCAACUACACUGACUACACCAACUACAGCAACUACAACAACUACAUAUAGUACACCAACUACACAUACUACACUCACUACACUAACCACAUAUACUACACCAACUACACCUACUAACCAACUACACAUACUACACAAUCUACAGUAACUACACCAAUUACACUAACUACACAUACUACACCAACUACAUAUACUACACCAACUACACAUACUACACUAACUAAACCAACUACACUGACUAAACCAACUACAGCAACUAAAACAACUACAUAUACUACAGCAACUACACAUACUACACUCACUACACCAACCACAUAUACUACACCAACUACACCUACUAACCAACUACACAUACUACACCAUCUACAGUAACUACACCAACUACACUAACUACACCAACUACAGCAACUGCACCAACUACACCAACUACAUCUACUACACCAACUACAUUAACUACACUAACUACACCAACUACAGCUACUACACCAACUACAGCUACUACAUCAACUAAAGCAACUACAGAAACUACAUCAACUACAGCAACUACACCAACUACACUAAGUACACCAACUACAGCCACUACAGCAACUACACCAACUACAGCAACUACAGCAACUACAGCAACUACAGCUAAUACUGCACCAACUACAGCAACUUCAUCAACUGCAGUAACUACGAAAACUACACUAGCUACCCCAACUACACUAACUACACCACCUACACCAACUACAGCUAUUACACCAACUACACCAACUACGGCUACUACACCAACUACAGCAACUACAGGAACUACACCAACUACACCAACUACACCAACUACACCAACUACGCCAACUACACCAACUACAGCAACUACAGCAACUACAGCAACUACAACAACUACAUAUACUACACCAACUACACAUACUACACUCACUACACCAACCACAUAUACUACACCAACUACACCUACUAACCAACUAGACAUACUACACCAUCUACACUAACUACACCAACUACACUAACUGCACCAACUACAGUAACUACACCAACCACACUAACUACAGCAACUGCACCAAGUACACCAACUGCAGCUGCUACACCAACUACAUUAACUACACUAACUACACGAACUACAGCUACUACACCAACAACAGCUACUACAUCAACUAAAGCAAGUACAGAAACUACAUCAACUACAGCAACUACACCAACUACACUAAGUACACCAACUACAGACACUACAGCAACUACACCAACUACAGCAACUACACCAACUACAGCUAAUACUGCACCAACUACAGCAACUUCAUCAACUACAGCAACUACACAAACUACACUAGCUACACUAACCACAGCAACUACAGCAACUACACUAACUAUACCAACUACACCAACUACAGCUACUACACCAACUACACCAACUACGGCUACUACACCAACUGCAGCAACUACAGGAACUACAGUAACUACACCAACUACAGCUACUACACCAACUUCACCAACUGCAGCUACUACACCAACUACAGCAACUACAACAACUACAUCAACUACACCAACUACACCAACUACACCAACUACACUAACUACAGCAACUACAACAACUACAGCAACUACAACAACUACAGCAACUACACCAACUACAGCUACUACACCAACUACAGCUACAACACCAGCUACAGCAACUACACCAACUACACCAAUUACACUAACUACACCUACUACAGCUACUACACCAACUACAGCUACUAUACCAGCUACAGCAACUACAGCAACUACACCAACUACACUAACUACAUCAACUACACCAACUACAGCAACUACACUAACUACACCAACUACAGCUACUACACCAACUACACUAACUACACCAACUACAGCUACUACACCAACUACACUAACUACACCAACUACAGCUACUACACCAACUACUGCUACUACACCAACUACAGCUACUACAACAACUACAGUAACUACAGCAAUUACAUCAACAUUCUUAUAGUGGGCUUAGUGGUCACUUAACGUCUCUAUAUUCGUGACGGUUAUCAUGAACCCAUAUUUUCCAGUCCCAACACCAACUGUCACUCUCAACCAGUUGAACUUCAGUUGAAUCGUCUCUUUUACUUAUCAUUGCAGGUCCUUGUUGCUGUUCUUCCUCAGUCUCAUAUGAUGUAUUUUGAUGUUGAAAAGAAACAGUGGAAGAAACUAUCGUCCUUAGCACCAGUGACAGAUAUAUUGAAUUGCUACUGUGCAGAGAUUGUUGGCAGGCAACUGUUUGUCGCCGGAAAUAUUGGAGCCGUAGGUUAUUCUACUUACUGCUAUGACAUAGAAACAAAUAAGAGGCAAAGGCAAGAGGAAGCCCUUCCAUGUGGGGAGAUCCGCAGCCUGUGCACUGUAGGCGACUACAUGUAUGCAGUACCUUCUGAUUACAGCAAGAUACCUCAAAGGUAUAGCUUUGCAAAACGUCAGUGGCAAAGUUUCGCAAAAUUUUCUCUAACUCAUCAUUACAGCUGGUAUCACAACAACAGUGCAACAGUACUUCACUCUAAAUUGUAUGUACUCAGUGGACUAAGGGACCCCACUACGGGGUUUCAUUAUAAUGCACUGCUACAUUGUUUUGAUCCAGUGACUAAUUUGUGGACGCAAAAAGCUUUAAGCUGUAAUCGUCACUUUGGGUCAACUCUGUUUUUAGUGCAUGGCAGACUCUAUGUAGCAGGGGGUUAUCAAUCUUUUAACGGUAGGCCCUGUGGUAACCCAGCACCUGUUGAAGUCUACGAUGAAGAAAACAAUAGGUUGUCCGUUGUUGACCAAAAACAUAUUCCGCAAAAUAACCUUGGUGCAGUGGAAAUAGAGGGGAGGGUUUAUUUCAUCAUCAAUAAUUUUCCAAUUGACAGUGGCAUUAGAAUCCCACCAGAAGAGGUGUACCCUGUUUAUCUGGGGGACUGGGAAAAUUUAGGAAACGUUGCUAAUAAUGCAGCCCUGUGUUACCUACCUUUAAAGAGGGACAGCGUAAAAGUAGACUAAGGAUACUUUAAGAAAAAUCCCUUAGGUGGCUGAAACUUCGACCGAAAGGCAGCCAGAUUGGUUUACGUCUUACAAUACAUCAGAUAACCGAUCCGUUAUACUGAGAUAUUCGAAAACGAAAGUUAGAUAUUAAAGUUUAAGCUGUAUUCUUUACUGUAUCUCCCACUUCGAUUAGCCUUUGAAUUGUCAGUGCGGGCCGUACAUAUGUAUAUAUAUCUUUAUAGCAUAUUGCUAUUUAGGAAUGAAUAGUCAGGUAAAUCACUUUUUCCUUCUGGUUGUGUUUGCAUUGAUAUUAAGAAAGUUUGUAGCAAGUUUUAGAUGGUAAGGUUAUCAUAGUUUAUGUUGUUAACAGACUUCCGUUGUAUUACUUUACAAAAUAACUGUAUUAUUUCCGAGAAGCGUUAUAUGGCGCUCUUGCGCCGCGUGGUGUCGGCCUCAUGGUCCUCAUGUGUGGUGGCUCCACGAUGGUUCCUGCUUAACGAGGAGCCACUGAACGAAACUGAGAUCGCAACGCAACAGCGUAAGCUCCAAAGGGAACAGCGACGUGAGUGUGUACAGCCAUGGGCUGGGCUGACACAACUUGAUGGCGAGGAUAAUGGGCGCGGAUGACGUGUCGCGCAGAUGGAAUAGGCACAGGAAUAGGAAAGGAGGGGGUGUGUGUAGUGUACACUUGUUGUAUAGCGGGGUAGCCAACAUUUGCUUGUGUGGCUUGCCACUGACUGGGGAAGGGGUGGCCAUCUGGCUGUGUUGGUACAGAUGGCUUGCCACGUCUGUUGGUGUUAUUCGUUGACCUGGGAGUGCGCACACUAGGGCCGGCCUGAUCACACCUGUUAAGUUCUUUACCAAUUUUGGGCUCUAGCUCCUGAGAACCAAAAAGACGGGUUUUCCCACCUGCACUAACUAAUCACCUCGAUAUCCGAUUCUCCCCUUUCAGCGGCUUUAUCACUGAGCCCUUUCGGCACCCUUUCACGAGUAUGCUUCAUCCUGGCACUUCGCAUUUCUCCUACAUCUGUGCCUUAACUACACAUAUUUUGUCACCUGACUUCCCACCCUUACAUGUCCGAGACCCAGAUGUAAUUAAGCCUUGCUGUCCCAUCAAUACGCUGAUAGCACUUCCUCAUAAAUCAAGCUCUGACUCCGUGUCUUGUAUCUUAUUUAUCUCCAGUAAUUUACUUAGUGACGAUUUUGGCCGGCAGUCACUGCGGUAACUGCAUGGCCGCAAAAUAGGGGGCAGCUUCUUAAAAUGAAACUCUGUAACAUAUCAGAACUGUCCGUACAUUCAUGUUAAAGGUUUAGGUUAGUCUUACUAUGACUUUUAUUCAAACUAUUUACGAAACGUUGGCUGAAGUGCUGCUUUAAUGAUGAUCGCCUUCAAAUAAAGGAGGCGUUUACUCAAAGGGAGUGGACUUCAAAAUAGAUUUAUUGAAAUGUAACUCGUAGUCUUAAUUCUCUAUUGAUUGAGUACUUUAGCCUGAAUGUUUCCUCAUAUUUUAAUAUUGUACAAUUCAAUAUUUUCCAACUUUAAAUAAAAUUUCUCUGAUCAUUGACCAUGUACGCAUAUCAGCCUCUCCGGGGGUACUCCCUUAUAUAAGCAUAUAGGUAUGUGUGCCCCGAAGGAUACGUCUUUUUUUUUUUUGCCGUUUUAGGUUUGAAAACGGGAAUUCAUUUUGCCCAUGUUGGUCUGGAAUCAGGUAUGGUUUUCGAGGGAACUACGGUAGCGUAUGAACGAUUAUUCCAAAUGAAUACUGAGAAAGAAAGAGUAAUAUACGAAAUANAUUUUUUAAAGAACAAGGCUAAAGAAGAGUAUGGAUUUUUGUCUUAAAAAGGGUCAAGGUUUGGAGAACCUGGGGGAAAAACCCCACCAAAAAUUCCCCGGGGUUCCCCCCCCCCCCCCUCUGGAAUAAGCUUGCACUGCGUUGCGCUUUUCUUAGCUUCCUUUUAUUUAGUUUCGCUUUUGACCUUAACCACAGGAACAGUUUUAGGCACACUUUUGUUGGCCCAGCCAGUAACUCUAACUGAGAAGUUGGUUAGUGCCAUAGUCCUAACCUCAGCAGACGCACUAUUUGGUUUGUAUCCUUAAAGGCAAUUUUGCGCUGUGGUUUUGGGUUACUUAACUGCAGGGCCUAAUGACAUACGUCCCAAUGCUUAGUACUAAAAAUGAAACUGAUGACUCCUAAUAAAGACGAAAAACAGCUGUGAUGUAACUGCGCGGGUGAUAUGACUGUGAGUUGGUCAAUAUAGUGUAAUACUGACUUAAUUGACUCGACUCUGAUUUAAAGUUUGAGUUUACCUCGUACGCGAAAAAUUAUUUUGCAAAUGAAAAGUGACUCACUUUUCAUUUGCAAAAGACAGAGUCAUCGCCCUGACCGGGUACCCAGUUUGGAUGACUGCGUCAUAGUGUCGUGACGUUGACGCUUUGGGGAUACUAAAUCGCCGGCUAGUUGGUCUUGUCAGCUAGAACGCUUAGAGUGUUUGAACACUAGUCUUUUUAAAAAAUACCACGGAGCAGGUACUGCCUUUUUGGACCAUUUUUGUAUGAAAAAGAGGAAUCGUAGGUGCUGUCUAACACUACAUUCACUUACAGUUAACCAACUCAAAAAAUAAAUUGAGAAAAGCGUCCACUAUAUUGUAAACAUUGGUAUGGCGUGUCAACAGUCACCCAAGACGAAAAUAGUCUGAGGCCAUCACCGAUGUCUGAAGCCGUGUGUUCACCUGCAUAAUUCUUUUUGUGAACAAGAGACGAAAACUGUCAUGUUUCUGAGUUGGCAAUUUUUCAAAGUCGUGUCAACACGGUUGUACGACUCUUCAUAACUCACGUGAAAUCCGUAUGAUUACAAUGAUUCAUAGAGUGUAAGGUCACGCGAUCUUCGUUUUGCUCAGCGUAAAAGAGUGGUUCUUAGGCCUGGUUCAGACGCCGUACUUUUCAUGUGCCGAGCCUAACUGAAUAAGUUCGACUUUGGAGCGACACUGGCGCGACAUCUGAUUCAGACGGCGUACCGUGUGUCGAACCUAAGUUAAGUUCGACAAAAGUUCGACAGACUCUGUCGAACUUAACGCUUUUGCCGCACCAACUAAAACUGCAGUACCAAAUUGAUUCAGACGCCGCUCUUUUGCCGUACUUAAUUCAUCAGUUAGGUUCGGCACAUGAGUGGAGCGGCGUCUGAACCGGGCCUCAGUUGAUUUCAGAAGGAUUUUCCAUUCUCAGAUUCUUUUGUCAAAGUGCGCUCAGUUUCGAGAGCAAGGUGAAUUCAUCGACGUGGGUUUAAAAGUGGGAGAAGAGGUAUUCUCAGCUCAUCGCAUUGUGCUCGCUGCCAGCAGCGAUUAUUUUCACGCCACGUUUGCUCAUGGAAUGAAAGAGUCGAGCCAGGAAGUGAUCGAGCUCAAAGAUGAAAGGUUUGCAACAGCUGCUUUGAAUUCUAUCUACAGUGGAGACCUUCUUGUCACCGAUGAAACUGUCUUUGACGUACUUGUCGCAGCGGAUCACCUUCAAGUUACAACACAGGGUCCAGAGGAGUUUCGUGUGAAUAAAUGAAUUACUUAUUUAAAGUCACACCUUGAAAAAUGUCUAUGCCUGUCGCUUAGCACGAUUAAUUAGCCUGAUGGGAUCUUAAUGAAUCUACCGUAAACAAUUUCUUCGCUUCGUAUCAAUAAAUCAAUAAAUCAAAAACCAAUCAAUAAAUCAAUAACCGCAAGCCAUAUCCUCGCUGGCGCACGCAACGUCGCCCGAAGGGCGACCGAGGCACGAAGUGCCGAGUUAAAAACGGGCAAGGGAGGAAACUUGUACCACGUGAUUUCGUUCGCUAUGAACCGCAUCACUCGGUGACGGAAGUGAAUAAGACCGGAAACGCAAUAGCAACUCGAGAAUCAAAACAUCAGCUGCGGAGGGAGUUUAAAAGAUCUCAGAGAUCUAUGCGCAGGCAACAGAGUUUUAAUUGAAGUGAAGAUCUUUCAAGACUGGACAUUUGUUGUGCAUGUCAAGUCGCUUGUGCAAAGGACUAAAGAAAAUCGCUUAGUUAUUCAGAUCCAGAAGGCACUUUGGAGAAAAACUGGAACCCUUAUUUAGCCGUAAUAAAAAGCUUCACGCUUCAAAAGAGGUCAAAGAAAAUGCGCUUGCAUCAGAGGGAAAAUCGUGCCGACCAGAAACAAUAACCACAGUAAAUCGGUAUGUGUGUCAUGACUUGUCAGUGUGUGAAUCACAUUUACUCAGUGAAAAUGUAGAACCUUCCAGAGCAUAAUCUACCCAGGAGAGGAAAAAAACUUUAAUGGAACGAGCAGCAUUUUGGCAUGAGGUAAAAUUAAAGUCGUGUUGGCUUACCAUCCCCUUUCAUUGCUCCGAUCUUGAGUACAUUUACUUUACUACGUCAUUUCCGUCACCAUCUGUUGCAGUGCACAGCGAACGAAAGCGCUAUCUCGAAGCCGUAAAUUUCGGUCGCCGAAAAUGAAUUAGAACCCUUUUUUAUGCCGUUUUCCUACAGUAUUUGGCAAAUACAUAAGACUUCUAGACCAGGUUAGUAAAAUCAGGCGAUUUCAUUCAAUUCCAUUUGAGUUUCAGGGAUUCGAAAAUCGGCCCCGAAUUUGUUUCCUCCCUUUCCGUAUUUUAUACUGUAAGCCGAUCUUGCGAGCCCUCAGUCUCUUGGUUUGCGGUCAAUAGAAUGUGUAAUGAGACUGUAACGCGAUCAAAAUAACCCAUUUUUUCAGAGGUUUUCGACGGGUUUUGAUGUUCUAACGACAAACACAUCUCCUCUGAACCCUGUGAAAUAAGACGCGAACUGUACCAUUUAUACGAGCAUGUCUUUUCUAAGACGAGAGCAGCUCGUAUAAAUGGUUCGCGUCUUAUUUCUGGUUGACUCGUUUUUAUGUGAAUGUUGCCCGUAGCAACGGCAAUCCAACGUGGCGCGCCCAAAAUUAACGCAUGCGUACUAUGCGUUCGCGUCUAUUUCGCGUACUACUACUCGCGUCUAUUUCGCGUACUAUGCGUUCGCAAGUAUUUCUCGUCUUAGCUAAGACGCGUCUUAUCUAACAACAGGUGUUAAGGGCUGUUCUAAAAUAAGACGCGUUGGGUAGGUUGGGUAGGAGACACCGCCACCUCAGUUAGCAGUUCAAGGGACUUGAAAGAGCUCGAGCGCAAGAAACGGGUCUUCGAUUUGGGAACGAUUGCCAAACUGAUUAUCUCAGCGUUAUCAGACAAAACUAGGAGUCCACUGCACAACACUAACUAGCGAUCUCGUUUACAAAAAUGGAUUACGAUAGGUCUGGUUUCGGCUUUAGAAUAAACUAAUAAUGGAGAAAAGUUUAUUCGUAGUAUUGAGAGACCAGCGGAAAAUACCCGGCAUGAACAACCAAUUCUCGUUUUUCCUGGUUGUGUGUCUGUUUAUAUAGCUGACUGUCAUAACAAAAUUUAAUAUGGACGGUACGAGAAAGAACUUCUACUGGGGACAACCUACCACCCGUAUCUCAAAUAUGCCAGCUAAGAUUACGCCGGUUUAAGUAUGUGUUCUAAGUGUUGAGAAGCAACAUCUCGAAACAGCUGUGAAAGACUCUCGAGUUCGUUGCCUUUCAUUUAAAUUCAGUAUUAUCGUUCUUUGUUAAUCUCAUUCAGAAGAUCUUCCUUCUACGUUGAAAAAAAUUGAACAUUUUCCCAUUUUUUCUUGUUAUUUAUAUUAGAUCCUUGUUGCCCUUCUCCCUCAGACUCAUAUGAUGUAUUUUGAUAUGGAGGAGAAACACUGGAAGCAGCUAUCAUCCUUAGCACCAGCAGCUGAUGCAAGAAAAAUUGCUAUUGUGCAAAGACUGUUGGUGGUGAACUCUUUGUUUCUAUUGAUUCCUGUAUUUAUUGCUACGACAUAGAAACAGAUAAGUGGCAAAAGCACGGGGAUCCAACAUGUCGAGUAGUCAAAAGCCUUUGCACUGUAGGCGACUACAUGUAUGCAAUCAGUUCAGACUGCAACGAGGUAACUCAAAGGUAUAGCUUUCCAAAACGCCAGUGGCAAAGUUUUGCAAAAGUAAAUGUUUCGAGUGGUUAUCCCGACAAUUAUUUUUACAGUGGGGCAACGGCCCUUCUUUCAAAAGUUUAUGUACUUUACGGACAUACAAAUUACAACCAGUCGCUACACUACUGGCAGAUACAAAAAGCAGGGCUUCAUUGUUUUGACCCAGCGAGCAAUGAGUGGCUAGAAAAAGCUUCAACCUGCCAUCCCCACUUUGGAUCCUGUCUUUUUGUAGCGAAUGGCAAACUCUGUGUUGCAGGUCGUUAUAAUUCUAUUGACACAAAUAACAGGCUCUGUGGUAACCCAGCAGCUGUAGAAGUUUACGAUGAAGACAACAACAAGUGGUCCGUUGUUGACCAAAAACAUUCCCCAAAACAAACUUGGUGUAGUGGAAAUAGAGGGAAGGGUUUAUUUCAUCAUCAAUACAUUUCCAAUUGA